AUGGGGCCGUCCACUCAGCCUGAUUUAUAUGUUAGCGGAGGUGAUGUUCAGCUGGCUGGGGAUGCCUGCUUCAGCUACCGCCAUCUGCGCUCUGCUGGUGAUGGGCCAACAGGAUAUCAUCCCAAAUUCUUUGUUCCUAAGGCCAAGGUUGAUGCGGUCAAGGUGCGAAUGGAGGAGGCGAGGAAGCGACCUGUCCAGGUCACAGCACCAGAUGAUGGGUGUUCAGAGAAUUGGACUGCUGCCAACGAGAAGAAGAGACUUGCGGAUCCGAAAAGAUAUGAUGCAAGUGGUAUAUUUGCGCUUACCUGCCGCCACUCCCAAGUCCUCUUUACAUGCAAUAUUGACACUCCAGGAGAGCGCCACCAUUAUAUUAUUGCCCUCCUGGAGGAAGUGCUGUCUCAUCUUCCUUCGGAGGCUACGGCCUGUCAAGCGUAUGAUGUCGGCUGUAUUGUCGAUCGAACUCUUACUCUGUAUAAUAUCCUUGAUCCUGGUGUUCGGGAGCGCGUCGCAUUUGUGCUCAAUGCCAUGCAUGCUUAUGGGCAUGAAUGGAGCUGUCAGCUAAAAUACAACCCACGCAUGGUAGUUGGAAUGGGGUUGACAGACAACGAGUGCAUUGAGCGUCUCUGGUCACGAAUCCGAAAACUUAUUCCCAUCACUCGUGGGCAAUGGAAUUCACGACGUAUCUGGACAAUUGACCAAUACGUAGCCUUCGUCAAUGAAGAUGGAUUCUACAAUCUCGGAAAUUGGAUUGUUCGACAAGAGUCUAAAAACUAUGCUAGCAAGUUCAAGACUGCUCGGGCCAAUCUCAUUCGUGCUGGAGUUCCAAUUUCAGAGCUUCAAACAGAAUGGGAGGCUCAGAGAGCCUCACAGACCUCUCUCCGUAGGCAUGCUCCAAAGCGUUUACGGCGUGAGCUCGACAAAGUGAUUGCACUACAGGCUCAGAUCGAUCUUGUCGAGAAGUCGAUUCUGGAGGUUCGUUCAACAAUAGCUGGUGACACCACUGCCUCCGAUGCCCAACAACUUUUACGCCAGCUCGAAUCAACCCACUCAGAGCUUUCCAAACAGGCUGAGGCACUGUAUGCUUCACUGAACAUUUCUAAAAUCUAUCCCGAACUCCAAGGUCUCUCUCCCGAGGUUGCACAUCUACUUCUGAUGAUGCGCGACCUCAAGAUUAGCAUACGGAGGAAGGCAGUAGGGUCUUUUCAAGAGUGGGAGACACUCGACCAAGCAGUAUCAGGCCGCCGGGAGCCUCUAGGAACAAAGUUAUAUCAGGCAACUCGCUCUACCAUCACCAAACGGCAACCCGCAUUGAUGAAGGCUCUCAAAAAGUUCAAUGAUUAUUGUGCAGAGUUUGAGCAACUUCGACCUGCAGACUGCCAUAUUCCUGUUCCACAUCCACUUCCUACUCAACUCAGUGCACUCCGGGAGGACACUUCCUUGCAUGAGGAUGUUUGGAUCACACCAUCAGAGGGACGACCGCCACGCUGGCUCGAAGAUGAAGAUGUCCGACAAGGUAUUCGGAGCCUCCUUACUCUCAAUCGGUGUCAGGAGGAGAUGGUUCGCUUGGCAGCAGAGCGUCGCAACAUGCACCAGUGGUUAGAGGAUGAGGACAGAAUUCUGACCUAUACAAUGGAACACUACCAAGAAGAGUCAGAGCCUAGUGUGGAUAUCACUGUGGAUGGUAGUAUUGAUGCACAUGAGGCACUCAUUUUUGAGAGUGAAGAGGGUGAUGGUCUGGAUAUUAACUAUACUUUCAAGAUUGAGGUCCAACCACCUCCCAGACAAGUAGACCUACAUCUCUUCCAGGUCUUACAGGAAUAUGCAACCAACAACCCAAGUAUACCGAAUGCUCCCACAUCCCGAACUAUUGUUGACACUGUUGGGCGGAAGCUCCAUAUCGACUCCGAGGACCUCAAACGCCUCCAACAUCGCACUCGAUGGCUCAACAAUUUCUGUCUCAAUGGUGUUGCUGCCUUGGUUAUGAAAAAUUUUGCUUCCCCUGACAUCUCUUGUGCACUACUGAGUACUCUUGAUCUUCACAGAGUCCAGUAUGACACCAAUGAUUCUGUUCUCUGGCACCAUUUGGCUCCAACAGAAUAUUGGAACAAGGAGCUCUGGCUCAUUCCUAUUCAUCGGAGACAACAGCAACACUGGGUCUUUUGCUAUUGCCUCCCCCAAGGAGCAGAUGCUGUUCUUCUAUGA